UUCAUGUUGCCCAUUUUAUUCUCUGCAUUCAUCCUGUCUGCUUGCUGCACAGCCAAGGGGAACUGCAUCUCCUAUGAUGAGCUGAGAGAGCUGAAGACUGAAUUUGCCAUCAGUCUCUACCGGCAGGUGUGUGAAACAGAGAACAGGACCAAUCUGGUUGUCUCUCCAGCAAGUGUGGCUGCUUCUUUGGAGCUGCUGCAGUUUGGAGCUCAAGGAAAUACCUUUACAGAGCUGCAAGAUGUCCUAGGAUACAGCAUUCAUGAUCAAAGCGUGCAGGAUUUCAUGCACACGGUGGAUGAAGCAGAGACUGACUCCAGCCAAGGCACAGUGGUCCAGCUGGGAUGUUCCCUCCUUGUGGAUGCAGGCGUGCAGCUCUCGCCCGACUUUGCCGAGCGUGCUGCACGCUGGGCCAACAGCAGCCUGCUCCAAACCAACCUCACCGACCCCAACACCACCCACACACAGGAGUGGAUCACCACUGACCUUGCAGAUGGGGAUAUGCGUGGGAUGGCACCGGGGAGCGCUGGGUCAUCGCUCAGCCAGGUCACCCUGGUGAGCACCCUGUACUUCAGAAGCAUGUGGCAAAAGAAGUUUUCCUUCAUGGAUUCCCAGAUGUUGCCUUUUACAACGCCAGAGGGCUCGACCCUGAAAGUGCCUACCAUGCACCACACAGCUGAAGUUAACUAUGGCCAGUUCCAGACUGCAGCUCUGGAGGCUUUCAGCGUGGUCGAGUUACCCUACCUGGGAGAGAAACUCAGCAUGUUCCUAGUGCUUCCCAGCCACAAAAGAACACCUUUGUCCCAGAUUGAGUCUCACCUUUCUACCAAAACCAUAACCCUCUGGGCCAACAGUUUGAAGAGAACAAAGAUGGACAUUUUUCUGCCUAGGUUCAGUAUUCAAAGCCUUUUUGACCUAAAGACAGUUCUUUCUGCCUUGGGAAUUAGAGAUGCAUUUGAUCCCAUCACUGCUAAUUUUAAAGGCAUUUCAGAGCAAGAUAGUCUUUAUAUUUCAGAAGCUAUCCAUAAAGCAGAGAUUGAAGUAACAGAAGAUGGUACAAAGGCAUCAGGAUCUACAGCAAUGAUCUUACUGAAAAGAUCCCGAACACCUAUUUUCAAAGCAGACCGACCUUUCACAUUCUUCCUGAGACAAGCUAAUACAGGUUCAGUACUUUUUAUAGGAAGAGUUACAAAUCCUUCAGCAUAAGCACUAAAUGCAUAUACUGACUUCUGCUCCUCCUGUGAUGAACUGUCCUCCAAUGAAAUUAAAGGCUACAUUGUAUGUAUUUAUUAAAACUCAGGUUUAAGCAUAUCACUUUUCCAAGAAUCACCACUACCUUAUU